AUCUUCAAAUCAUUCUCAAUUGCAGUAUUUGCCCGCUACUCAUUCGUAGUGGUUCGAUCUAUAGAGGGUGCUGUUGUGAACCAAAAUGUAUAUUUACCCAGCUGCAGUUUUGAUUGCUUUGGUGCAUCUUCAAAACCAUUUUUCUGAAGCCUUCGAGCCCAUCGUGCUGGUUCAUGGCGGCGCGGGAACAAUUGGCGAAGACCGCAUUCCCGGAAAAUAUCGGGGAUCCAAGUUAGCAGCGCGCGUUGGCUAUCGGGUGCUCUUGAACAAUGGCUCGGUGCUGGAUGCCGUCGAGGAGGCUGUGCGAAUAAUGGAAGGCGAUAGCAAUUUCAACGCCGGCUACGGUUCGGUGCUGAAUCAGGAUGGCGUUGUGGAAAUGGAUGCCAGCAUAAUGGAUGGGGCCACAAUGAUGGCCGGAUGUGUCGCCGGCGUUCAGGACGUUCUACACCCGAUUACGCUGGCUCGUCGCGUGAUGGAGCGAACUCGGCAUAACUUUUUGGUCGGCGAAGGAUUGCUGAAUUUUACCCGCCAACAGGGUAUUGAAAUACUGUCCCCGCCGGGUCAGCUUGUAACCCAGCGAUCCAAGGAUGCUCUGGAAGCUUGGAAAGAAAAUUCAGGCGCCUUCGGCAUUGGAGAAGGUGGUACAGUGGGAGCAGUAGCAAUCGACCGAGAAGGCAACAUUGCUGCGGCCACGUCAACGGGUGGUCUCACCGGCAAACAUCCGGGCAGGGUUGGAGACUCACCGAUACUAGGAGCAGGAACGUACGCUGAUAAUCUGCUGGGCGGGAUCUCGGUAACUGGAGAUGGGGACAUUAUCAUGAAAGUGUCCCUUGCCUACGAUAUUGUGAAGCGAAUGGAGUAUUUGGGAGUCGGAAUUGAAGAGGCUGCCGAAGAUGCGCUUACGGCCAUGAGUAAUCGACUGGAUGGAACCGCAGGAAUAGUGGCGUUGGACGCGGCGGGCAACAUUGGGAUUGCAUUCAAUUCCGAGCAAAUGUCUUGGGCGUUUCAGCGUGGUAAUGUCGUGGCAUAUGGAGUAAGAAAGGGAGAGCACUUGGAGGAAAUUGUGUCGGAAGAACAGGAUUUGGAGGAAGCUUUGCUCUUGGCUGAACAUAUGUUUCAUGGUCUCAACUAAUAAUCCCGGUUGGCCCCUCGAAGAGCAGGGACCUGCUACGUGCUAUACACUCGACUCUCUGGCUCCUUCCCGAUAUCAAUGUUGCUCCAGCUGUCAAUAUUUUUUUUAGUCCCUUCAAGUAGCAUGCUUUUUCGUUCUAUAAUUUGAUACCUCCCGCUCUCGACGGUCCCUUCAAUAUCGACAACGAGAGAGUCCGGUGUACUAUAUACUUAAAUGGUACGUUCGUAUGAGGGCUAGUGCCGCACUCA